GCUGCAAGCGAGGCCAUUUGCGCCAUAGCGGUGCACCAGGCCGCUAGGAUCGAGGCUCUGAUACGCUCUCAUCGCGCUGUCGACGCUGCGCGAGCACGACGGCGCGUGCUGCCGCGUUUGGUUAGUGCAACCAUGCACCGCAGUCUGCUGCUCGCCUGGUGCGCCGUCGCAUUCGUGCCGCGACGACCGCAGCGAGCACCGCUUUUAAAAUGUGCAGCGAAGCCAAAGCCGCAGCCUGAAACACGCGAGCUCGAAACGCUCAAGGUCGGCGAGCGCGUCAGCGGCCCGCUCGUCGGUAAGGUCUUCCAGGGGAAGAGAGGAGUGAAGGCUUUUCUGGACGUCGGAUGCGUCGGCAACAACAAAAAGCGCAUCAAUGGCAUGCUGCGCCUGCCGCACUACAAGCAGUGGCGCAACGGCACGGACGCGUACAAGCGGCUCACAAAGGAGCUGCGGGACGCGCGGCGCGGGAAGAGCGUGACCGCCUACGUGGCCGCCGUGCAUGCGGCGUCGCAGCAGUUGGUGUUGGAGCCCUUCGCGAAGCCGCGGCCGCCGUCGCUCAAGCUGUCGCCAAGCCGCGUGGAAAGUAGCUUCGUAUGGGCAACGUCGCGUCGAUGACAUGUGACGCCCACGCAGGUCGGAGCUCGAAAUAGGCACGGAGCUGCGGAACUGCCGCGUCGUCGGCAUGACGGCAAAAUUCGCCUACGUCGACACACCCUGCUUCCACGACGGCGCGCGGUCGACAAAACCAAAGAGGCGGCUGCGCGCGCGGCUGGUGCUGCCGCCGACGAUAGCGUUGGAGACGGCGCCGGUCAAGGCCGCGUCCAUCGAGCGCAUUCUGCGGCUCGACGACCUCGUGACGUGCUACGUGCGACGGCCAGAACCCGCGAGCGGGCGAUUGGAGGUCGGCCUCGAGCCCGCGUCCUCGGAAACGCUCGCGAGCGAAGCGAAGGCGCGGGACGGCCGCCGCCAGGCCCGCGCACGGCGCGCCGCCGUUACAAAACGUCUUGAAGUCGGCCAGCGCUUCCGAGGGUCAGUCGUGCGGCGCCUCGCGUACGGCGCGGCCGUCGACGUCGGCGCUACGGGGCCGGGUUUGGUGUUGCGGGGCGAACGAGACCGCGACUUCGUCGGCGUGGGCGACCGCGUUUCUGUGGAGGUGGCGGCGGUCGAAGCGCGCGACGCGGGGCCGCCGCGGUUGACGUUGGAGCUCGUCGUGGAAGACGAGGAGGACGACGCGCCGGAGCCUCCAAAACCAGCGGCGCCGCGGACGGCUCGGCCCGAGCCCGAGCCCGAGCCCGAGCCCACGUCGAUGUUCGACGACCUCGACGACCUCGACGACAUCGAGGCGAGCCUGGGUUUGGACGAGUAUUAAAAAAAUUAAUUAAAA